UAAGUGAUUGCUGUUCCACCAUCUGAGCGUUUCACAUUUUAACUAGUAUCAGCCUCAUAGUUGAGUGUAUUUGCUUUAUUCAUAGUAAAAUAGUAAGAUAAUUCAUUUGCCUGGAAAUAAAGUGCAGCCAUUUGCUCGAAAUUUUAAAGGUAGUUAGAGCUAUCCACAUUUAGUUGACCUAUAAGUUGGAGGGUAAAUUCUUCUUGGAACAGCCAAAAAGUCUCCAUUGCCCGAUUUGCUGGAAAGGGAAGUGUAGAGAAAUCGAAACCGCCAUGAAAAUCAUAAUUUUCGCCGUUAUUUCCUGCCUUUUGGCAUCAGCCGUUUUCAGUGCAGACAAUACCACGACCACUGUGACUACAGCCAGUACGACAAACAAAAGCACAGUCUCAACGACCGCCACAACUGCUAAAUCAACAGGGACUAGUACUGCCAAGACGACUGCUACCACAGCAAAAUCGACUGCUACCACCACAGCAAAAACAACUGCUACCACCACAGCAAAAACAACUGCUACCACCACAGCAAAAACCACCACAGUGCCAACUACAACUGUUGCACCACCACCAACAGAUAUAUUCGAAUUGAAAGAAAAUAAGACUGUUUGUUUCUUGGCUAAAAUUGCUGCAGAUUUCACCGUCACAUACAAUAAGACAGAUAAUACUACUGGAACAGCUGUGAUUGCCAUUCCAAAAACUGGCGUGACUUACAAGGGAAAAUCGGCAUGCGCUUCAGAUAUGAUACCUGACCCCUAUCUGACCCUGGAAUUUGAAGGAUACAUGGCCCAGUUCAACUUCACACAGAAGGGAGGCGUGGUAUACCUCCAGUCAGUAUCUUUCCACUAUACUGAAGAUCCAGCCAACUUCCCCAAUGCUACGGACUCAAAAACUCCACAUAGCACCUCCAACGACAAUGUUGACCUCAAAAUGUCCUCAAAUACGACCUUCUUCCAGUGCAACUCUCCCAUUGCCCAAACAAUCGACAAGGCAGUGACCCUGACCUUUGACGUGUUGAAGGUCCAGGUGUACGACGUAAAAGGCAAUUUUUCAGGAGAGGGUGAAAUCUGCGCUGGUGACAAAAAGUCCACCUCCACCCCAAUGACCAGCACAGUCACACCAACACCAACACCAACUCUUCCAGCCACCCCAAAUUCUGGCAAUUGGUCAGUCCAGGGCAGCGAUGGAAAGACAUGUAUGGUGGCUGUCAUGGGUGCAAGAUUUGAAAUCCCCUACACGAAAAAGGAUAAUGCGACUGCAACAGCCAAAUUUGAUGUGCCAGCCGAUGCGACAACGGAGGGCAGUACGUGUGGGAACGCCACCAACUCCGAUACACUCCAGUUAGACUUCUUCAAGAACUUUGUACUUAAAAUGAUUUUCACAACAGUAAAGGCGAGCGCUAUGCUCACCGCUGAUGACGAGUAUCAUCUCCAGAACAUCUCGCUGACGUAUCACUUGAAUGAGCAACAGUUUCCCGGGCAUGGUGGAAAUCCUGCCGAGGCCUUGAUGAUCACCAACAACGAAGCACAUUUCAAAGUCUCAGUUGGCAAGUCGUACAAGUGUAAAACUAAGGUUGAAAUCGACAUGGGCGGAGAUGCCAGGCUUGAUACAUACAACCUGCAGGUUGAGGCAUUCAAGACAUCGAACGGAACAGACUUUGAUGAAUUCUUACAAUGCUCGGCAGAUAAUGUGACCAGUAAUAUUGUCCCAAUUGCUGUUGGAGCUGCCCUCGCCGCCCUGGUGGUCAUAGUCCUAAUCGCUUACGUCAUUGGACGACGAAGAAGCAGAAGCGGCUACGAAUCUGUGUAAAAAAUAUCUCGGGAAUUCUUCAACUCAAUAAAAAUCACUUGGGCCCGAAAUUGUUGCUUUUAGAUUCUGUUUCAUUGCAAGUUAAUUGAUAUUUAUUUUCAGUUUCUGUAUAUCUGUGUACAGUUUCUGUACAUCUGUGUGCCGAUUUGGUACAUCUAUGUACAGAUUCUGUAUGCUGAAUGAGCAGUUUCUGUGUCUGAUAAAUGUCUCCAGUCGACUUGAAAUGAAACAAACUUGGGAGGAUCCUUUACUUAUGUUGGGCAUUUUCCUUUUUUAAGUUACGAAUUCUAUGCAAAAGGCAAUAUCUUUACAACGAUAUUCUACUGAAGGCCUCAGGUCAAUCAGACCUUGAAGAUAAUGUCUCAAACAUUGCUAAAUUUUAGUUCCAACUCUACUAUUCUUUCUGGAAUGUCAAUUGUUGUAGCCUAAAUGCUCUCCCAUUCGUUUUUCUUCCUGUUGGUGGAUUCUUCCUAUUAAUCCUAAUAUUGGUGCCUAAAAUAUCUAUCUGUACAUAACUUCUUAAAUUCAAGUGACUUUUCAGUGUUAAUGCAAAGAGACAUUGACAGUUUUGUUUUUGAGGACUGUUUAUAUUACGGAAGCAAUGCAAGAAAAAGGCUGUGUAGUACCGAUUAGUAAGUAUUACAUUAUGCCCUCACCUUUCAAAUUUCACUGAUUAACAUUCCAUUAGGGAUUUCUGCCACUGCUUUUAGCUGGCUAUUGGCCUUUGUAUCAUUAACAAGUGAUAGAGUUGAAGAGAGUUUUGAUCUCUUGGACAGGAAUAUGCCGUGUCUGUUCUGCUCCCUGCACGCAAUCUGCAUGCUUUGGUGUUGGUUUAAUGCCAUCUCUUUUGCUUUCAGUGUGAUAACCUUAACCCUUACCCCCUGUAGCACUUUGCCUGUUGUCCUGUAUUUCAACAUGGUACAGACGUUACUUACCCGAACAAAUUAGGAAAAUGUACAAAAUCCCUAAGUUCGGUGACAAUCUUUAUAGAAAAUAUGAAUGCUUGAAGCUUUCUCACUGCUAAAUUUUCACUAGAAUGUUUUCAACCUCCUCCUUCCAAGUCAUUCAAGAGUCCAUCCGAGACUUAAACCUACCAGAGAUUUGCCAACCUUGUAAUUCAAAUAGUAUUUCCAUUCCUAAGUUCCUUGCCAUUGUCAGAUUUUGUGAUAAAAUUACGUAUGUUGUAUUUUUGACAAGUUUUGUACAAACUGUAUAGGCAGGUCUAGGCGUCUGUGAAAUGGAGGGUGCCCUGGUGGUUCUAGGGCCAACUGGCUAAAAUUCAUGAGCUACGUCAAAUGAGGGGUGCCUUCCUUGGAUCGGCCACUGACUGUACCUAAUCAAGUUUUUGACUUGCUUGCGCUCACAAUGUUGCUGUAUUUGAGAAGAGAGAACAAAAUUCUCUGCUGUGUUUUUAGAGUUUAGGAAGAUGCAAAUUCUAGUAUUUACUUUAGAUGAAUGUAAUACGUGUAUAAACAAAUGCUGUAAAUAAAAGAUUUCAUUUUCAAGAUGAGUACUGCAAAAUAUCGCAUUUGCUUCAGAAAUUUUAAAGUCAAUGCGUCACAGUUGAAGAUUUCAAACUUUAAGGUUCAUGUUUGACGGAAAUAAAAGGCAUGGAAGAUUUCAUGGUUUCACGUUAUGUUCAAGCUAAAAAAUCAUUGAAAUAGGUUUAAAACAUGUUCAAUCAGUGUAAAAAUGUACACUUUAUUGUCUAAAUGUUCUGAUUGUAUAAAAUGACCUCAUUGAUGUUAUAACGCAAUUCCACAUUCAGCGAAACAUAAUCAAUGCAUUGUUCAAGCUGUUAAGUUGUUUAUCUCAUUAUCUGUUUCGAACCUAUUUGAUAAAUAGUUGUGUCGUUUUGAUGUUAAGAACGAUCAGUUUGAUAUCGUCAGAAAUCAUAGGCCAAGUCAAGUGACAACUUCGUGAAUCGUCUCAGAGUUGACCAAAACAGAAGCCAUUGCAUAUUUACAAGAUUUGAAAGAGUUUUAUCAGCAAGUUUUGAAUCUCCAACAUGUGGUCUGGUUUCAAAUUACUUAUCCAGGAAAUUAAUCCAGCAUCCUCACAGAUCUUUCUCGUGCUGGGGAUCAGCUGUUUUUGAGUGAUGGGUCAACUGCCUAGUCCUGGCAUUGAAUAUCAAAGGGAUCUAUCAUCAAGCAGCGUGGAGUGUUUUAUGAAAAUGACACCUCUUAUGCUAUUGGCAACAUUCCAAGAAAGUAGGCUAUUCAAGAAACAAAAAACUAACAUACAUAUACUUGCCCUGGGACAGAGUUCAUGUUUGAACAAAUGUCUGUUGUAAUUAAAAGUCAUAUACCUAUGCGUCAUACUCACUCUUAAUCAUUCUUUAUCCUGACCUUCUGUUUUUGGUCAGCAGGGCAUGCGUGGAUUUGAUUAACCCAUGAACAUCCGACAGCAGUCUCUUUUGUCAAUUCCUCUUAAAUCUAAAUUGUCAGUGCAGAGAGAAAGAGAAGUGAGCUAACUAUAUCGCUAUCUGUUGCUGGUGCAAUGGAAGCUUAGUCAAAGCUCUCAUCUCCCUUCUUAAGAAAUUGGUAAUCGUGACUACCAUGGCUAGUUGUUGUAUAUGAAUGACAUAUUUCUUUGUGUCUGUACAUAAUUCUUAAUCUUUGUGUAUACUGGUAUGUCUGUUUCCAUUGAAGCUAAAAACAGGAGUGAAGGAGGUUACCAACCAUCCCUCGGCAGGACUGAAGCCACCUCCAUAUCGCCUACUUCAAAUUUGCCUUGUCAAACUAAUACUUGCACGUGCUGGAUUUGGCGUGGCUAAUUAUUUGGUCACUGUUUGCUCAGAAGUCUGUGAUUAACAUUUAUAACAGCCAUGUUUCAUAUUAAUUCAUAAUCGUUGCCAAAUGUAUAUUAGGUUGCUUGUGGCAUUUGGCAUAAUUUCCUUGCAAAUUCACUGCAUAUUUUCAGACUAAUUUACAUUGUGAUACAAAUUAACAAUGUACAAAAGUUCACAGUGGGAUUCGAAGAACUCGCCCUUCCUCAUGUUUGUCAGUCUGUAAGUUUUGAGUUCGGGAACGAAACUCCUAUUCACGAAAAAGGGCAUUCCGAUAUUGGGUGAUAGCGCACCGUAAAUGAAAUAUUUGAACAAAAUGCUAUAAUUCAUUUGAGACUUCUAAGUCCAAAGUGUUGGAAAAUACUGACGCGGCCAGAUUUGGACAAAGCAUGACUGAGAUCAAGCCACUUAAAACCAAGUACUGACUACUUUUCCAAACCAAUUAAGGGUUUUUUUGCAUGCAGUGCCAAUUGAGAAAUUAGUAUAGACUCCAAUAUGAGGUGAAUUUGCAAGGAUUGAGCUGCUAGUCUAAUUCUGAAGGCAACGGACUGGUACCAAGUCUGCAAUUGUUGACACAAUUGGUUGAAGUACAGACAGUUUCCACAAUAUCCGCAUGUCUGACAGUUCUCAUGUGCCGUGCCUUGUAUUAAGAUUAGCUGCUUUUCAUAUCAUUUCAAUCACAAUGUGCUUGUUGUAAAAUUAGUGUGAAGAUUUAUAACAGAAUCUGUAUAUAAUUUAACAGAAUGUUGCUUUUCAAGAUUGUUGACACCUGUGGUAGUUUUCUUAUGAGUGCUUGAGAAAGAUUGCAUUUUGUGGACAGAAUGUGCUGUGCUGGUAAAAACAAUUACUUUUCUGUUACAUGUUGAGUUGACUAUCAAAAUGUUAUCUGCAAGAAGACAAGUCAGCAUGAACCUGACUUGUCAGGCCCUUAAAACAUUUUAGAGGCAACUCCUAUGGCUGGCCGUGAAAAGUUAAGUACAAUUGUUUGUUUGUCUGGCUUCAAGUGACUAAAAGCAGGAGACAGCAUGCAUUAAUGUAUGUGUGUCUUGGUUCUAGUACACCUGGAAUGGAUCCAUAAGAAAUUCUGUACAGUUCAAAUCAUGCCGAAUCUAUGUGGGUAAACCUAAAAUUAUUUCCAGAAAACAAUGAAUGUUAAUGAUUCAGUUAAAAUUUUCAUUUCCUCAAAUUUCGGAAAAUAUCUUUGCUAUUCAAGAAUGGAAGUUUUUUGUUAUUUUUACAGAAGAAUGUUUGAAAGAGAUUUUGGCUGAUUUGAUAAAUUGUAAUUGUACAAAUACAUUUUCCGAAGAUAAUAAACAUAUAAAAAUCAA